CGCCACUCCUCGGCCCAUCCUCGCCUUGGCAGAGCAAGUUCUCGAACGUUUGACCAGGUAGCCACCGGUCAUGCCCAAUCCUUGGUGCUGAGGCCACUGGUAGAAAUGGAGGGGCCUGUGGGCAGCGAGCCGGACUGUGUCCACGAUGUGGCCACAAGCUUUUCUGAGUGCGUGGGGCCAGCAGAGGCGGCGGCGACAGCCAGAGGCGACUUGACGCUGACGCUGCGAGCCCUGAGGAGCCAGAGUGGACAGCCAGACCCCGACCUGCAGCAGGCCCUGCAAGGCCGCCUGCGUCUGCUGGAGAGUGACAGCCGGGAACUGGCCCAGGCCCUGGGGGAGCUGUCAGCUAGGCUGCUAUCUGUCCACAGCGAUCAGAACCAGAUCGUGGUGACCUUUAAGACGUUUGAGGAAAUCUGGAAGUUUUCCACCUACCAUGCUCUUGGCUUCACACACCACUGCAUGGAGCAGCUGCUGGUAGACCAGGCCUUCUGGCUGCUGCCACCCAUGGAGAACCAGGAGGCGGCAUUGCGCGUGCAUGUGGACCCCACUGCCCUCCAGCGUGCCCACGAGAGCCUGUUGGCUUUGGAAGGGCCUUUUUUUGUCCUAUGUCCUGACCACCGCGUGAGGGUGACCGCUGGCCCCUCAGGGGCAGGUAUGGGCCCCCAGCCCCUCAGGAGGGCUUUGGGGGUCCCACAGACAGAAACAACCUCCAGUGCCAGCUCAUCCAUCGAGGAGACAACUGCCCUGGAGACCUUGAUCCCGUUUUAUCAGUGGGCUCUCAGAGGCUCCUGGGACCCCGGCGAUGACCCCGAGGACACAGAUGUGAUGCCAGAUGUGCCCCUGAUGGCCGUGGGCCUGGCCUCCGCUGUGACUGACUGCCAGGGGACAUGCCCCGAAGAGCUGAACUUCCAGGCGGGAGACCACAUCCAGCUCCUGGGCGCCCGAGUGCCUGGCCUGCGCUGGUGUGUGGGGAGACAUGUGGCCUCAGGCCAGGUCGGUUUUGUGCGGUCGAGCGACAUCUGUGCGCAGGAGUGUGUGUCUGAGCUAGAAGAUGCUAUGUUUCUCAGUGAGGGAGAGUGCGCUUUCCUCAGCAGGGAAGGACACUUUUCCGAAGAGGAGGCCUGGCGGUUACUGAGCAGGGUCUCAGGCCUGGAUGAGUGCACGAACUACAGCCUAGACACACUCGAAGAGGCUGAGCCAGAAUGGCGCAAGGAGCCAGAAAUACCACCAUCCGGCCGGACCCCAGAGCCAAGUGACACCCUGCAGAAAGUGAAGAAUAUUCUAGAACAAUGCAAGUCCUGCCUGGACAGCCCCAAGGAGCCCAUAUCCCUGACGCUCCAGGACACACCCACGUCCUCGACGUUGCCGGACACAGAGUUGCCCCAGCUCAGCCUGAUGGCCGCGGACAGCUGGACCGACCCCACGGCUCUGCCGGUGCUGCUGGCGGCCCUGAACACACCCAGCCACGAGGCCCACUUCUGUGGCCUGUACAGCCAGGCCCUGCCCAUGGCAGCCGGUGUGGACGAGGAGGUGCUAAUGGGGCGCCUGGCGCAGGCCCGGGCGGCCGCCAAGAGAGCGGGUCUCCCCAUGGCGCUGGCGCGACUCUGCUUCCUCCUGGGCCGGCUGUGCGUGCGGCAGCUCAAGCUCUCCCAGGCCCGCGUGUACUUCGAGGAAGCCCAGGGAGCGCUGGGAGGAGGCUUUGGGGACCUGGUGCUGGUGGCCGCGGUGUACGCCCACCUCGCUGCCGUGCACCUAAAGCAGAAGAACCGAGAAAAGAGUGCCCAGAUGGUGCCCAAGGCGGCAGCCCUACUCUUGGGUUUGCCCGGCCUGCAGGGCCGCACAGAGGCGGAGGCCCAGCUGCUGCGCCUGGCCCUGCGGCGGGCUGUGCUGAGCCGAAGCCCCCAGGCAGAGGCCCGGGCCUGCUUCCUGCUGGCCCAACACCACGUUCAGCUUCGGCAGCCAGAGCAGGCACUGCCCUUCUUGGAGCGGCUUCUGCUGCUGCAUCAGGCCUCAAGCACCCCCCAAGCCUCGUGGCCCGUCCACUGCGCCCUGCUGCUAGCUGCUGCUUAUGGGCGCCAAUGCCUGCCCCACCUGGCGCUGAGCUGUGUCAAGGUGGCUUCGCUGCAGCCACGGAGCUCUCUGGCUAGUGCACUGCGUAGUGUGGACCUGGUACUGCACCAUGCUCCACGGCCUCAAGGCCUGCCAGCCCAGGCAGCCCAGUACCUGCGGCAGGCACUGGCGGUAGACCCAGGCCCGGCCCUGCGUGGCCUGCUCUGUGCCAGCCUGGCAAGGCUGCAGAGCCUCCAUGGGCAGCACAACCAGGCCAUCGUCUGUAUGCUCCAGGCGGCGGAGGCUGAGGCCCAAGCGAGCGGGCGGCAUAUGCUGGACUACCUGCUGGCCCUCGCCCAGCUGUACCUACUCCACAGUCAGGGCCCCGUGGCAUUGGGCAUCCUGGAGGCCGUGCGGGACGCAGUCACCCCCAGCCAGGAGCAGGAGGGCGUGAUGGCCAACAUGGUGGCCAUGGCCUUGCAGAGGACUGGCCGGACUCGGCAGGCAGUCGAGGGCUAUUACCGAGCCCUGUGCCUAGCCAGGGACUGGCAACACAUGCACAACCAGGCCGUGGUCCUGGCUAACUUCGGGGUACUGUGCAGACAGGUGGGGGCCAGGCACCUGGCCCAGCGCUACCUCCUGCAGUCUGCCAGGCUGUUCUCCGGGCUGCCCAGCCAGGACUGUGGCCCGGACCUCACGCGUGUGCUGUUGGCACUUGGGGACCUCAGCACCCGCCAUGGCCACCCCCGCCAAGGCAAGAGCUACUACGAGUGGGCCCUGCUGGUAGCCAUGCACGCUGGUCACGUGCAGAGCCAGCUGCAGACUGUCCAGCGCCUGUGUCACUUCUACAGUGCCGUGAGGCCCAGCAAGGCGCGGAGCCUAGUGUACCAUGAGCUGCAGCUCUCUCUGGCCCACAGGGUGGCCGACAAGGGGCUGGAGGGGCAGCUCCUGGAGACCAUCAGCAGACUCUACCUGGGCUUGGGCACUGAGCGAGCCUACAAGUCGGCGCUGGACUACACCAAGCGCAGCCUGGGUGUGUUCAUCGACCUGCAGGAGAAGGAGAAGGAGGCGCAUGCCUGGCUGCAGGCUGGGAGGAUCUACUACAUCCUGCAGCAGAACGAGUUGGUGGACCUGUACAUCCAGGUGGCCCAGAAUGUGGCUCUGUACACGGGGGAUCCACGCCUGGGGCUGGAGCUGUUUGAGGCGGCGGGGGACAUUUUCUUCAAUGGGGCCUGGGAGCGGGAGAAAGCUGUGUCUUUCUACCGAGACCGGGCACUGCCCCUGACAGUGGCUGCGGGCAACCAGGAGGCGGAGCUGAGACUCUGCAACAAGCUGGCGGCUCUGCUGGCUGAGCUGGACACACCCCACGAGGGGCUGGAGUUCGCCCACAUGGCGCUGGGCCUCAGCAUCACCCUGGGGCACCGACUGAAUGAGCGGGUGGCCUACCAUCGGCUGGCCUCGCUGCACCACCAGCUGGGCCAGGGUGAGCUGGCUGAGCACUUUUACCUGAAGGCGCUGGCGCUGUGCACAUCGCCGCUGCAGUUCGACGAGGAGACGCUGUACUACGUCAAGGUGUACCGGUUGCUGGGCGACAUCAUUUUCUACCAGCUCAAGGACCCCUUUGAUGCGGCUGGGUACUACCAGCUGGCACUGGCGGCGGCCAUGGACCUGGGCAGCAAGAAGGCGCAGAUGCAGCUGUGCGGACGCCUGGCCACCAUCUACCACCACUUCCUGCGGGACCGUGAGGCCUCUCUCCUCUUCUACCAGAAGGCCCGCACCUUUGCUGCCGAGCUCCGAGGCCGUCGGGGCCCCCUUGGUCUCCCAAAGCCCUGCAGCCGCGCGCCUUGGCUGGCCCCUGCCCCACCGCCGCCUUCCUGACCCCCCUCACCCUAUGCCUCGAACACCUGCUCACUGU